CGAGUUCAAAUGUUGCUGGCGGUGAUCGCAUUGUGAACACGCCAAUUUUUGGCUAUCAACAAAAAAAGUAAAGAAGGAGUGUGAGACACUGAAUUAAGAACUUUCAUUCAUAAGAAUCAAGCAAUCAAGCGAUAUGGCUGUGGAUUAUGUUCUAGAGGAUCUUAUGGGAAAGUUGGGGGAAUUUGGUAAAUACCAAUUCCUUCAAUUCUUCCUGCAAGUAUUAUCCGCCUUGACUGCUGGUCUGCAUAUGCUCUCACUGGUCACAGUUGCCGCUGUGCCCGAGCAUCGUUGUUUCAUUGAGGGCAUCGAUAAUGGCACCUUCUCCCAGGUGCCAUGGAAUACCAGUGAUAUACUCGCCGCCAUACCGUUAAAGGAUAAUGGCGAAUUGGAUUCCUGCCAUAUGUACGAUCCCUUGGAUAAUCGAACAAUAGUGACAUGCACUCAAUAUGUCUAUGAUAAUACAUACUACAAGGAUUCGAGGACAAUCGAUUGGAAUUUUGUUUGUGAUCGCCGUUGGCUGGGUGCCAUAGUCCAGACUGUCUACAUGUUGGGCGUAUUCACCGGUGCAGUGACUCUGGGCGGUUUGGCUGAUAAAGUUGGUCGCAAAACUGUAUUCUGUUGGUCGGCAUUGCUGCAGUUAAUUAUCGGUGUGGGCGUGGCCUUUAUACCCGAAUACUUUAGUUUCAUGGCAGCUCGCUUUGUGCUGGGUAUUGUGGGUUCAGCAGGAGCUUAUAUAUGUGGAUUUGUGUUAACCAUGGAACUGGUAGGGCCCACCAAACGUACAGUCUGCGGCAUAACAUUCCAGGCUGUUUUUGCUGGAGGCAUUAUGCUAGUGGCUGGUUGGGGAGCUCUUAUCCAUAAUAGGCAAUUGCUGCAGGUUGUCUAUGGUCUACAUGGAUGCCUCUUCUUGGGCCACUGGUGGUGGCUGGAUGAAUCACCGCGUUGGCUCUGGAUGCAAGGACGUGCUGCCGAGGCCGUGGACAUUGUGGCCAAGGGUUUGCGUAUCAAUGGUUCGGGAAUUCCAAUCGAUAAGGAUUACUUUGUGCAGAAGGCCAAACAACAAUCGGCAAUGGAAGAGAAAUCUAGUGCCGGUCUUAAGGAUCUCUUCCGUACUCCCAAUCUGAGAAUGAAAACUCUGAAUGUUUGCCUCUGUUGGUUCGCCAAUUCCAUUGUCUACUAUGGACUCUCGCUGAGCGCUGGCAAGCUCUAUGGCAAUCCGUAUCUUAUACUCUUCAUUAUGGGCCUGGUGGAGUUCCCCAGUUAUCUGACUAUUGUCUUUAUACUCGAUCGCUUGGGACGACGUUCCAUCACCUCCACUCUGAUGCUGGGUGGUGGCCUGUGCUGCAUUAUUGCCGCUUUCAUUGCCCAAGGUAGCACCACAUCGACAUCGGUGGUGAUGUUAGGCAAACUAUUGAUAGCCGGUUCAUUUGCUGUCAUCUACAAUUAUUCCGCCGAACUCUUCCCCACUGUGGUACGCAACUCGGCCAUGGGCUUGGGCUCCAUGUGUGCCCGUUUAUCGGGAGCUCUGACCCCAUUGAUUACUUUACUGGACUCGUUUGAUCCCAAAAUACCCGCUGUUCUUUUUGGAGUUGUGGCUAUUGGUUCUGGCUUCUGGGUUAUGUUUUUGCCGGAGACAAUGAAUCAACCGAUGCCCGAAUCAAUUGAGGAUGGUGAAAACUUUGGCAAAGGUGAUACUUGGUUCAGUCAGUGUGCUGGUCGUAAACCACGACAGAAUAGUAUUUUCGAUGAUCCUGAGCAAACGGUGCCACUAAAAAAAAUUGAAAGUGGCAAGUGAAAAGAGAAAGAGAGUGAAAGAGACAG